AUGGGAUCAUUCCAGACACCGAUCGGAAUGAGAAGCUCCGCAUUGCUAGAGACCUCGUGCGGAUUCCUGUUACAGGAGCUGCAGAUAAUUUGGGAGGAAAUUGGAGAAGACAAGUUCGAGAGAGAAAAGGUUCUACUGGAUAUGGAGCAAGAGUGCCUUGAGGUUUACAGAAAAAAAGUUGACAGGGCAAAUACAUCUAGAGCUAGUCUGCAUCAGGAGUUGGCUGAAGCUGAGGCGGAAUUUACUCACCUUCUUUUGUCCCUUGGUGAACGAUCUCUUCCUGGACGGCCAGAAAAAAGGGCGGGUACGCUAAAAGAGCAGCUAGAUUCUAUAACUCCAGCGCUCCGUGAGAUGCGCUUGAGGAAAGAAGAGAGAUUAAACCAAUUCCGAGUUGUGCAAGGACAAAUGCAAAGAAUUUCUGCAGAAAUUGCAGGUAACUCAGACGAUGCACUCUCAACCAUUGCAGUGAAUGAGAAUGAUCUUUCGCUAAAAAGACUUGAGGAUUAUCAGAAUGAGCUGCAAAGGCUUUACAAUGAGAAGAAUGAAAGACUCCAGCAAGUGGAGAAAUACAUAGACAAAAUACAUAGCUUGUCGACAAUCUUGGGAAAGGAUUCAUCUGCAAUCAUCUUGCAAGUUCACCCUAGCUUGAAUGAUUUGUGCGGCAUAACAAAAAAUAUAAGUGAUGCUAUCCUACAUAAACUCAAUAUCACGGUCGAGUCUCUUUAUGAAGAAAAGCAAAAUCGUCUUGACAAGCUUCACCAUUUAGGCAAAGCACUAUCAAAUCUUUGGAAUCUUAUGGAUACACCUUACCGUGAUAGACAACCUUUUUCCCAUGUAGUCAAUUUGUUGUCAGUCUCAUCGGCGGAGGUAUCAGAUCCCGGAAGUCUUACUCUAGAGAUAGUCCAGCAGACUGAAGCUGAAGUAAAAAGACUAGAUCAACAAAAAGCAAGCAAGAUGAAGGAGCUAUUCCAAAAAAAGCAGGAGGAACUGGAGUUCAUAUGCAAGAAAUCACACGUGGAGAUUCCUUCACGGACAGAAAUGAACAAUAUAAUUAGCCUCAUAAAUUCAGGGGAGAUUGACCAUUCCGAUCUCCUCACGAGCAUGGAUGAACAGAUCUCCAGAGCAAAAGCAGAGGCUUCGAGUAGGAAGGCUAUAAUGGAAAAAGUUGAGAAGUGGGUGCUAGCACGUGAUGAGGAGCGCUGGCUAGAAGAAUACAGCAUGGAUGAGAGACGAUAUUCAGUCAGUAGAGGAGCUCAUAAAAACUUGAAACGAGCUGAACGUGCCCGUAUAAUGGUCAGUAGAAUGCCAGCUCUGGUAGAUUUGCUUAUAAAAAUGACUAGGAGUUGGGAAGCAGAAAGAAAUAAAGUUUUCUUGUAUGAUCAGGUUCCUCUAAUGGAAAUAUUGGAAGAAUACAACAUUCUAAGGCAAGAAAAGGAGGAGGACAAGAAAAGACAACAACAGUCGUGGGAAAAGAAGAAGGUCCAGAGCCAAAUAGUUUUUGAACGAGAUAAUACAUAUGCGUCAAGACCAGGCACCAGCAUGAGACGUGUUCCAAGUAGAAGCUUGAACGGGAGUCCAGAAUGUUCGGCAACCAUGAACAAAAGGCUCCCAAUGAGUAUCCAACAACUAGGAUCAAACAGCAUAUAUUCAGGAAAUCAAGGAAUAUCCUUCAUUAAAGACGGAAGGAAGAUACAAAGGAAAAAGAUUUUUGGUGAACCUGUCUUCACUUCUCAUAUGAGAGACGAUGCAUCUUCAAUGGUGUCCACGCAUUAUGGACCAUUUUCUCCUUAA